UGCUCCAGCUAUGUCUCAAGAUACUUCGAGGUCACUAAGGUCUCAUGACCUUCUUAGCUCGUCCUCUCUCUUAGGUCGCCUUAAAUUUCGUUCUUCUCCUCAAACUUCAGAGAGUGAUCCCAUCAAGAUUGUUAUUCUUAAGAACGGUCCUCCUCCACCUCCACCUUAUACUAACCUCAAGAGGAAGCUGGAGAUGCCUAUUGAUGUUGAUGCUGCUGAUUUCUCCUUUGAUUCUCUGGCUCCACAUGUGGAUACCUUGCUUUUUCCAUCUUUCAAGGAUCGUCAGUCUUCGCAGACUUUUGCUGACCUUUCUCAAGAGGCUGCUGUGCAGUCUUUCCAGGUAUGGUAUACUCCAAAAAAAAAAUUAAUAACAAUGAUAUUACUGGAUUACACUUUUCUUACCUAA